GUGCAUCGUGAAAUUACAAAAUGUCUGAUUACGACAACGUCAUCAAGUUAAGACAGACGAACCAACUCAAGAGCUUGUACACGUACGUGACUGUGCCCGCAGGCGGGGCCGGACUAAGUUCUCUUAGCGGUCUGUGCUUCCCCCUGCAACUGUCUGGCAUGUUUCCAGAUAAUGCAACCGGCUGAUACUAACACUCCUUGUGUGCUUCAUGCACCGCUUCUUCUCUUCUGCAGAAUCAUCCGUGACCGGACAACCAGCCGAGGUGACUUUGUCUUCUAUUCUGACAGAAUCAUCCGUCUCCUCGUGGAGGAGGGCUUGAACCAGUUGCCUGUCGACCCGGUGAAGAUCGAAACGCCACUCGGCGUGACGUAUGACGGACACAAGUUCCAGGGCAAAAUCUGCGGUGUGUCCAUCAUCAGGGCAGGCGAGUCGAUGGAGCAGGGCUUGAGAGACUGCUGUAGAUCGGUACGUCUAGGGAAGAUCUUGAUCCAGAGGGACGAGGAGACUGCCACCCCGAAGCUUUUCUAUGUGAAGCUGCCGGACGACAUCAGCGAGAGAUACGUGUUGCUGUUGGAUCCGCUUCUUGCGACAGGCGGGUCGGCGUCGAUGGCCAUCGACGUCUUGGCCGAACGGGGCGUCAAGCCGGAGAGAAUUCUCUUUCUUAACGUCCUUGCCAGCCCAGAGGGUAUCCAGGUCUUCAAGGAAAAGUACCCGGCCGUGAAGAUCAUCACCGGCAUGAUUGACGAAGGUUUGGACGACAAGAAGUACGUCGUCCCCGGCAUCGGCGACUUCGGCGACCGUUACUACUGUAUCUAGGCCCACCCGCUUCCACUUUGUCGACGCAGGCGUGCACACUGUUAUAUACGUUAGCACUACAAUACAAACCGU